AUGUCAUCUCAUCGGAAGGAUAACAUCGGCGAACUCAUCGAAUUCGCUCGCUCUCAUUCCCCCUUCUACCAGCGCGUUCUUGAACAUGUUCCGGCAGGCGCCAAAAGUGUUACUGACCUUCCUCUCAUCGACCCCGACGAAUACUGGAGAGCGAACGCGUCCAAUCCCAAUGGAGUGAUGACUCGGCCCCUCAUUGAUGGCACAGUCAUGCGCAGUGGUGGUUCCACUGGCACUCCCAAGCAAGUUGUCAUGACCAAACAAGAGCUGUCAACCCAUGGCAAAGUCACCGCCAAUGCUAUGGCUCAUGGCUGUGGCUUCCUCCCUGGCGACCGCGUGGCAAACAUGUCCUUCCACGGCUCCCUAUAUGGGAGUUUCAUGCUCUUGAAUACAGCACUCCUCGAACUUCCUAUUCCAAUUGUGCACUUGCCUAUUAGCGGAAACGAAUCAAUUGACAUGAUGGCUCACUACAUGAAGACCUUUGAAGCUACUGUUCUCAUUGCCAACGUUUCAACCACACGUCGACUGGCGGAAUACUUCACUUCCAUUAACGAGACUCUUCCCAGUCUUCGGCUGAUUUUGUACACGGGCGAGUGCUUUACCAAGGAGCUCCGUCCGGUUUACCGUGCAGCCUUCCCGAACGCCACCAUCUACGUCCGCGAAUACGGUGGUAUCGAUUUUGGACACGUGGGCAUUCCAGCGCAGCCGUUCAAGAAUGAAGAUGAUGACAUUAAGCCCGUCUACAAAGUCUUGGCCCCAUUGGUCAUCUUUGAAAUCUUGGACGAGAAUGGCGAUCCAAUUACUACAUCCGGAGUUAAGGGGAACGUGGUGAUCACUAGCCUGUUGAAGAGGCAGCAACCUUUGCUUCGCUACCCUGUUGGUGACAUUGCUUCUUGGGUUGAUUACGAUGCGGAAACAUUCUACGUCCAUGGCCGAGAUGCUGUCAGCAUAAAGAUCGCUACCACCCAUCUACCUGUCGCGUAUCUCAGAGAAUUGAUCGUGAGGGUCCUUGGCCAAGGAAAGGCAUCAGGAAGCCAGUUCAUUGUCCGGCUCCUGAAGGAGACGCACGAACAGGCGCUUGUCUUGAGGAUCGUCGCGCCAGAGCCAGAGAACACAUCCGACCUAGUGACUGCUUUUGAAGAAAUCUUGUGUGAAGAGAGCCCUACCUGGAAGAAGAACAGGAAAGUUAAAAACAUCGCCCCGCUGCAGAUUGAGUGGAUCGAGGGCAAGGAUUUGAUUACGAAUGCCGGCAGCGGGAAGUUACGCGACAUUGUUGAUGAGCGGUUUUCGAAUGGGAUAUGA